AUGGCAGAAACGACCCGGCCCCUCCUGCUGCCGCAGAACCGCAGGAUCCGCCACCUCCGGGGCAUCUACCUGCGCAACCUGAGCUUCGACCGGCCCCGGGGCAAGACCACCGACGACUCGGCGGUUAAGCACUCGUCCGACAAGGUCGUCUCGCUCCGCGAGCACGCCCAGCUGCACCACUCCGCCUCGACAGAGAGCCUGCGCCCGGCCACCGCCCGUAGGAGGAGCACCAACCUGGGCAGCGCGAGCCCCGUCACCAGGCAGAAGAGGCUCGAGCUCACCAUUGACAGCCGGGUGGCCGACUCCUUCUUCACCCUGCAUGCCGAGGACGAGGAGGAGCCUCUGUAUAUCAGCGAGACUGUCGAACGAUCCGUGAACUUCGAUUUCCGCUUUUUCGAACUGUCCCAGGCUUCCUGUUCGCCGACUCUACGAUUGCCUCAGGUCACGGUCAAGUUCUGGGCGAAGCGGCAUGGGACGUGGUCGCUGCACCUCGAGGAGCUUGUGGAUUUGCGCACACUGAACUUUCUUGGAAGCACUAUCGGAACCCAUUUCCCGCCCAAUUGCCUGGUGUUCCACCUCACCGAUGGCGUCUAUACCCUCGAGCUACCGCAAAAGUCCUUCCCUCCCAGGCAGGGCCAACCGCAACCGACUUCCUCCUACAAUGCCCUCAUGCGCCUGUCGACACUCGAGCGCUCCAUACAAGAUGCCCUAGUCACACAGGAGACGCUCAAGCAGCAGAUCAAUGACCUCAUCGCCGAGACCCACGAUGAGCGGGCCGAACUGGACCAGGCCGGAGACAAAUUGAAAUUGGUUGAGAAGUACGUGUCUGCGGAGCAGAAGGCGGUCAAGAACUCCUCGGAGCAGGUGGAGAAAUUGCGGGCGUCCAUUGCCAGUCGUCGCGAAAAGAUGGCUCAGGGGAGGUCGCUUAUGGAGAAGACCGACCAAGACAUGAAUAGCGCGCUGGACAAGCUCUUCGCGGACAAGGAGCGGUCCAGCAAGGUAAGGGAUGACAUCCGCGGACAGCGGCGCCGCAUAUGCGAGGACUUGAACAACAUAUUCAGGAUCGAGCCAGUGCCGGACGGGAAACCGCUGCAGUUCCAGAUCCGCGGCAUAUCCCUGCCCAACGCGGAGGACUACGGCGGUGUAGUGUUGAGCGGCGCGGACGAGGACGCUCUUUCCGCGGCUCUGGGCCACGUCGCCCUGUUGACGCACCACUUGCAAUUCUACCUCGCCGUUCCUUUGCCGUACCCAAUCACAUACUGCGGCAGCCGCAGCUACAUCACGGACGACAUAUCCAUCAUCCAGGAUUCCAUCCGCGACUUCCCACUGUACCUGCCCCGUGGCGGCUCGGCGGCGCAGUUCCGCUUCGACUACGGCUGGUUCAUCCUCAACAAGAACAUCGAGACCCUCUGUGCCGCCCAGGGCCUCAAGGUGAUGGACAUCCGCCACACGCUGCCGAACCUCAAGUACCUGCUCUACGUCUGCAGCGCGGGGACCGACGAGCUGCCGGAGCGUAAGAAGGGCGGCGUCAGGGGUCUCCGCGCCGGCAUAAUGAGGAGCAGGGGUGUCAGCCUCGCAGACGACGCGGACAGUGUCAUGUCCAGCCGCCGCGGGAGUGUCGACAGUGACCAGCCCGCCAGUGGACGGUUGGCGGGAGAUGAGUUGAAGAGGAAGAUGAAGGGGGUGCGAGGUCAGGCUCCCAGAGAUGACGACGGCUCGAAAGUACCCGAGAUCUCUGACGUCGGGGUGCCGUUCGAGGAGGACUUCGGCAAGCUGACGCUGCGGACUAAGGGCAUGAGGGAAAAUGUCGGGAAGUGA